GCGCAUGCGUCAAUGUAGAAGAAACAUGGCGGAUAGAGUCUGGCUCUAAAUGUUCGUAGUUACAUAUUUGUAACUAAUAACAAAAAAAUUUUGUAAAAUUAAUCAAAUAUACGGGAAAAAAUUAGACGUCUGAUAUUGCACUUGAAAUUAUAUUGAAAACUGUAUGUUAUAUGUGUUUAAAUGAUACAAUAUAAGGACUUUUGCUGGUACUGUAUAUUCUUAUGUUGACAGUUCAGUGAUAAAAAGUGAAGAUGAACAAAAUGUAAUAUUGUACUUAUAGAGAUUUAUCUAUAUGGACAAAAGAUGUGAGCAGACGUUGUUGACAUGUUGUUGAUUCUGGCAGGUUUGAAGAUAUUAUUCACAAUUGAUUAAACAAUUAAAGAUUGAGAGUAAGAUACGUUGCCAAGAUGACUCCUAUCGAGAAUACUUCAAAAGACAAGAGUUCGUAAAUCUCUUGGAAAAAUGUUUUGUAAAAUUAAAAAUUUAUGAAAUCGAAAAUGGAUAAAAAUAAGAAGAAGAAUCAUGUAAACGGAAAAUAUAAGAAAAAUGGAAAAACCGAGUAUAGACCUGACGAUGAUGUCGUCACCACCUGUUGUUUCUGUAUUAAAACUAAAAAGAGCAAAAAGAAAACUCUUGUUGCUGGAUGUGUUACUAAUCUUGGAAUAUUCGUCCUUCUUCUAGCAUAUACUUUAUUGGGAGCUUUUAUUUUUCUAGCCAUUGAGGGAAAUGCUUCAAAAAUACACCAAAAAACAUUAGCAACUACUUCUUAUCAGGCUGGCGAUAGCCAAAAGGUACCAUUAUCUAAAAUUAAUGGUACUAUAACACAAGCCAGCGCUGAGUUAAGGUCACAGACAGUUGAAAGUAUUUGGGAAAUAACAGUGUCCUUAAACAUUCUGUAUAAAGAAAAUUGGACAAGAUUAGCUGCUCAAGAAAUAGCUAGGUUUCAAGAAAAGUUAGUAGCAAGAGUCGCAGCUGAUGUGUCUGCGCAGUAUGGAGGUGCCAGGGCUUUGGAAUCAGCCCCAGCUUUGGUAAUUGAUGACUAUGAUUGGAAUUUUGCCAAGGCAUUUCUGUACUCUUUGACAGUUUUGACAACUAUAGGUUAUGGAAGUGUAGCCCCUAAAACAGCAUUAGGAAAGGCUGUAACAAUUGGAUACGCCGUUAUAGGCAUUCCAUUAACUCUCCUUUAUCUAUCAGUAGUUGGAGCUUUACUAUCAAGACUGGCUCGGAGUGUAUUUAGUCGAGCAUUAUGUUGCUGUCUCUGUACAAAAUGUGGAUAUUGUUGCCUCGACGAAAGGACUAUGGCAAGCAAGGAACGAAAAGAGAAAGUAAGAAGACAUGAUGAUUACAGAAACCAAACUUUACACCUUCAAGAGCCUUAUUAUGUGCGGUCACCUUCAGGCACGAUAAUAUCAGCGUCUCAAGCACACAGCGUCAGUACAAAUUCGAUAAAAGACAAAACUCAAAGCUUAAGUUUUCUAAGAGAUUGUGAUUCGAUGAGCUGCACUGACACAGAUUCAAAAGUUUCAUUGCGCGGUUUUUCAAUCCUUGCUCCAGUUUCUUUAUGUCUCGCUGCUAUUUUUACUUACAUAUUUUUUGGUGCUCUCGUACUAUACCAACUGGAAGGUUGGAGUCCCAUCGAUGGCGUAUAUUUUUGCUUCAUGAGUCUUAGUACUAUUGGUUUUGGUCACUUAGCUCCCGGUGCAACGCAGAAAAAUGGUGCUUCCUCUGGCACAGUUUGGUUUUGCUCUAUCUAUAUCAUGACUGGAUUGGCUCUGACUGCUAUGUGCUUUAACGUACUUCACGAUGAAAUUGUACAUCGACUUAAACACCACGAGAAGAUUUUGAAAACAACCACACAAAAGGUCUUGACACCAGAAUUUUUACACCGGUCUUGACGAGAUGAAAGUGGAAAUUUUACAGAUGAAACAAUGAUGACCUCAGAAGGAGAAUCAUUGCCGGAAGUUUUGAAUCACGUUUCUAAUACUAGAUGUGAAGGAGGAGCCAUUCGACGAUCGGUUUACACUGUUAAAGAAGAAAAAGAGCCUGAAAGAUUGACGCCUAUGUAAAAUAUUAUUAUUAUUAUUUAAAUAUUACCUCUUUGACAAAUUAAAAGAUUUUUUGUAUGUUAAAGAUUUGUUUUAACAAAGAAUAAUACUAUUUCUUCUGUAAAUUAUAAUUUAAAUGAUAUUGAUGGUAAUAAUGCAAAUUCUUGAAACUUAAAGACAACAAAUAAAUACCAUAAAAUAUUGUUUGGUAGUAGUAAAUUUACUAUGGAAAACAUAGACAAGUUAGUUUAAGUGUCUUUUAUAAUAUGUAUAUACAGAAUAUUGAUAGAAAAAAAAUAAACAUUGAAUACUAUUUUAGGGAAAUUCUCCGCCCUUGCAUCUUACAAAAAUAAAGAAUUUUAAGUAAUCUUUUAUAUUAAAUUGAUAUAAAUAUCUUAGGAAAAAUAAUUCCGAGUUUUUUUUUAAUCUUUUUGCGAAUAUAAAAUUAUAUCAAGUUAUCUACAUAUAAUCUUAAACCAUAUAUUACUAAAUAAUUAUUAACGAAAAUGAACUAGUGACAUAUUAAAUUGAUUUUAUACCAAAUGACUACAGAAAAUCUUGAUUUUCUUGUAGUUUCUGUACUUCUAAUAAAAUAAUACCCGAAUGCAAGUAUACUCGUAAACAAUUACAAAAAUAUUAUCAUUAUUUGUAAUAUUUUUAUUGAGUGACAUUUUUAUGUGACCUAAAAUACAUUAUUUAAAUAUAUUAUAAUUUAAAAUAUGUAAUCAUAUUUAUUAUUAUUUUAAUGUAUUUCAUUCUAUGUCUAGAAGGAUAAAGAGUGCAAUCCUUACAAAAAAAAAUCAAAGAGAAAUAGAAAGUCCUACAGGUGAGUAAUGGAAAGUGUACAAUUCUUUUAAUUUGGUACAUACUUGUAACUAAAUAGUUAAUGAUAAAAAUGGUAGCUGGCUAACGCUGAUAAAGUACAUAGGUAUAUUAGGUUUUAAUGAAUAUAUGUUAUGUUUUAUUUCGACUAAUUAAGGAUUUUUUUUUAUAUCAGUGUAUAGGUGAGAUAGGUAUUACAUUAAUUGCAUUAUGAUUAUUUUUUUAGUAUGUAUCCAAGUUUUUAAUCAAUAGAUUAGUUAUAUAAAGUAUUCAAUAGAAUCAUUGAUGUAAACGUCAGUUCUUGUCAUAUUCUGAGUAAUUCUGUGUAGAAUGUAUUAGUGUUUUGUAAAACAAAUAAAAUGACAUCCUGUUUUAAUAUACAGACUGAUAAAAUAUGUAUUAACGAGAAAAUGUUAUUUUGCAUAUAUUUGUAAUUAAUGUGUUGUUACGUAUAUCAAUACACAAUAUUUUGUGUAUUCAAAUCAAUUAAAUAUUUAAAAAAAUAUCGCAAAAAUCUUAAAAAAAUAUUAUUGUGGUCUGUACAUAUUAUAUCAAAUAAUGCCCUUUUUAUUAAUAUUUUUUAAAUAAUCUAGAUAUUCAUUUUUGAUAGUUUUCCUUGUUCAUUAUACAAGUUAUUAUUUUUUAUAUGUAAAUGAAUUACUUGUUUGAGUUAUACAAAUAUCACAAAGUUUUAUGAUUUAUAUUGUAUUGAUGAGAUGCCAAAAUUAGUGAUAUAAUAUAUUAAUUUCAUAUUUAACGAUAUCAUUACCUUCAAGAAAAAAGCAUAUUCCUUUUUAAAAGGCCGGCAGCACACCUACAAUGCCGUUGGUAUUGUGGGUGAUCAUGGGCGGCGGUAGUCACUUACCAACAGGUGAGCCGAAUGUUCGUUUGCCCCCUGUGUUGUAAAAGAAAAAUUAUAAUUUUAGCAUUACAAUGGUAUUUUAAAAUUGAUAUAUUUAUAUAUAAAAACUGACAAACUAGUCUAUUAUUUAUUAUAAAUAUUAUAUAUUAGUACAUAAACCUUUGUUCAUGAAAGAUACAUAAGAAAAAUAAUUAUCAGAGAUCUUAAGAAGACCAAUAGAAGCCAAAACAAUGAUUUUUGGAACUUUUUGUCUGUGUGUCUGCUUGUAUGUUUAUUCCAGCAUUUAAUAAGAACAGUAAUAUUUAACUAUUUAUAAUUUCAACCGAAAAAAGAUAAUGAAUAAUAAUAUUAGAAUAACAAUAAAUAUUAACUAUCGUGAGUCAUACUAUAUUGUAAAUAUUUAUUCAUGUUUUAUUCACAUUUUAAGUACGGGGAUUGAUUAGUUUCCAAACUAACGGGAUUAAAGCUGAUAUAAAUGAUUACAGUAAAGAAAAAGGAUCUUUAAAUACAAUAUCUCCGACAUCUCCAGAUAUUUUGCAAUAAUAAUAUAAUAAAAAUAAUAAUAAUCUACAAGAUUAUUUUGGUAUUUUUCUUGUUGAUAUAAAAUUUUUGAUUGGUUGUAACUUCACUAGCAAUUUAUUAUCUGUUAACUUAGUAAUACAGAUUAUAUAUUUUAUUUUUAUUUUAUUUAUCAAAAUAGUAAUGUUUUUUAUCUGUACUCUGAAUGAUUAUGCACUAUUCAACAUCAUCAUCAUAUCAGCCGUCGUUUGUCCGCUUUUGAACAUAGGCCUCCCGUUUUACCAUUGGGGGGUUUUGCUAGUAGUUGUCACGAUGGGCGGGUUGAACGCAGUUUGGCUUUUGGUGAUGUUUUAAGAUGGAUGCUGCUGAUCAUCCGUCGUCCAUUAAUAUCUCUUUGUCACCUCUUACGACAUCCAUGGGAAAGAAAUGGAUAGACUUUUCUAUGCCGGGACCGCACGGCGUAUGUACUAUUAUAUAACAAUAAAUUUCAUAAGUUUGAAAGAAAUGAAGAAAAUGUUUUUUUUUUUGGGUUAAAAAUAGUAUUUUAAAAGGAAAAUACAAAUAGAAUUUUCAUAUAUGAAAUAUUAAAAUUCAUCAAAAAAUACUCAUUUGUGAAAAUUUAUUAAUUAAUAUCUUUGCUAUGAUUUAACAAUUUUUUAUUCAUACUAGCAUGGCGCGUUCCGUUAUCGAGUUAAUAUGGGACACUUUAAAUUUUCGCCUAGAAUUUUUUGUAAUUUUUUUUUCUGUAUGUCAGCACAGCAUAGCUUUUAUAAUUAAAUUUGUUCGUUAUGAAGUUCUACAAAAGGGAUUUUAAAAAUAAACUAUUGUGCUAAAAAUAUACUGGGUCAUUGAACGUUUUGAAUAUUUAAAAUAAUUUUCUCGGAUGGACUUUUGAUGAUACUGUAUUGGACACAUAUCAAAUAAAAAGUGCAUAAUGCGAAUAACAAAGAAAUAAAAUAAAUAAAUAAAAUGAAUUUUGUCUUUCCAGUGUGAGUACUUUAUUUACUUAUUUAUACUUUUGCGCACAUUAGGAAAUGUCUACUUUAAUCUUAUUUUAUCUUUUUUAUUUAUAUUUUAUAUUGUUAAUAGUUAAGUAUUAUUUUACAUUCUUAAAGUAUUUUUCCAUAGGUUACAUAAAUAUACAUUUUAAAUAUUAUGUAUUUCAUAUAAAUACACUACUUGUUACAUAGUAAUGGAACAAUUAAUAUUAUACUACCAAUUAAUUGUAACAUUAGUUAUUUAAGAACUGCAUAGCAUUUACCCCCCGUUUGUGACUGAGUUUUAUAUAGAUAAUAUAGUCAAGUUAUUGUAAAUUAUUGAAGUGGUAUUAGUUCGUACAAAGUGUGGAUUAAUGCCUGUAUUAUUUUCAAUGUAAUUAUUAUUAAAUGAAGUGUAAAAAUAAAAACAUAACGAUAGUUGAAUAAACAGUUUUAAGCAUAA